AUGUUGGCUACAGUUUCUGCUCACAAAGAGCAGCGACAGCUGCGGGGUGACGCGCAGGACUACCGAGUUCUAGGUGACGAUAAGACAACAGCAUUUUCUCUUCCACAUCUUAGCCUAGCGCAUGGGCCUCUUCGGUCCACCACAGGUCAUCCACAACGCCGCUUCCAAGAUCGGCGCAGAAACUCAUUGCCGCGGUUUCUAGCUGCUACGGCUUUAAUCCUGUCCAUUCUGGUCAUUGGGGUCAUCUGCAAAGCUGCCCGAGAGGUUCCGCAGAGGCAGCCAGGAUCAACACCUCGCCGUCUGGCCUCUGGAUGGCUACCAGACGAAAGUGCUGAACUUUGCCAGAUAGCGGAACACUGCCUGGAGCUGGAAACAGAUAUGGGUAUAGCUCAGCCAUCGGCACAAGCCACUGCUGGCACAGAAUCCGCAUCAAUGAUAGAAAGCCUUGUGGCCAUGUUGCAGGAAGCGGCAGAGGCCCACGAGCAGCAACGUACGGAAGAAACAAAGUGCGUAGAGAAGCCCGAAGGUGUGAUGCAUUCCUCGUCUGAGGGCGCGGCCAAUCCAGCGCCUACUAGCCUAGGUCCUCAUCUGCCCCAACUUGACGGCGACUCUUCUGCAAGGCCCGCUCUUAUCCCGGCGCCUCCAGCAAUAUCUUCUGCAGGAGGAAAUACCUCUGAGCGGAGCUAUAUAAUUUACCAUCUCCAUGGAGGCCUGGGCGUGGUUUCACCGAUCUCAGCUAUCCAAGUUGAGGGAGCGUGCUCACAUAGUGCUUUGCAGCAAUUCCGUAUAUCAUCUCCAAAAACGCAUCCCUGUGCUGGUCAUCCUUUUGUGCGUUUGCCGUCUGUGGAGUUUGGUGUCAAGCCACGACACUUGGUACCACAGCGUCUGUUCCUGCACCAUCGCAGCAAUCUAUCGACCUUACCCUAUAUGAAGACUUUGCGGCAGCUACUGACCCGAAAUUCGCUUGAUCAAGCAGGAACUGAAACGUUUAUGGACGCGUUGGAGAGGUUGAUAGAUAUUGUGUGGACCCAGGCUCAGGGCAGGUCCCAGCAGAGGCGACCAGCUGUGGCCGUGUCCGUGCUGGGAAAGGAUUUUCUCGCCAUGGAUUUCAUCAUUUCUGCCAUACAAUUGUUUGGAGAGGCCAUGGAACUGUCCUCAUGGUGGGAAAGGUUCGUUGGUGGCUUCCGAACAAAUUAUUACUUUCAUGGGGGGGGUUCUGUCCGCCCCCGCGUCCGCAACUACAACACACAAUUAGCGAACCGGCUGCUUUCCGCGAUACGUAUAUAUAAACAGGGACUUCGCCCAUCAUUAGAAGAAGUAAUCGCGUUAAAGCGUAUGCUUUUUUGUUCACCCUCGGCCCCCAAGCCAUUCACAGAAUACUCCUACGACGCCUGGAGACACGAUGAAGAGAUUUUCCAAAAGCAGCAGCUAAAGAGGCAACCUUUACAGAAUAUCGGCAUCCAUGCAGUUUUGGAGGGAUCAACUCCUCCUGGAGAAGACAUUGAUAGUCAUGCAGAUAGGAGGCAUGCACCGGGAGACGGACACACGCAAACAGAGCAACACAUGGAGAAUGAGGCAAAACAAGCAAGAUAG